AACCUACGCCUGCUUUGAGGACAUCGAGUAAUAGCACAAGGUCUCUUCUUGAACGCUACGAAGUUAUUGAAAAUAGAAAAGAAAAAUUAAGUUCAGAUCUUAAAAUGUUUGAGGCAUUAAUAAAAAUUAUAAAUGAUAAUAUUGAAAAUGACAGGCUUUAUGAAACCUAUAAGACUCUUAGACAGCUUCUCAUUGACAAGACUGCUGCUUGUAACGAGGUUCUUAAUGCAAGAAGGCAACAGCGAACCUGGAAAUCACAAAAAAGCAAAAAAUUAGCCUUUUG